ACUUUGAAUAAACAAAAUUCUUGGUGUCUACUUCCUGUUUCAAAGAUGGCCGACGCUCAAAAAUAUCAGAAGUUGGCCACCGAAUAUGCCAAGCUCAAAGCACAGAUCCCAGUAUUGAAGAAAGCAUAUUUAGAUGAACAAGCAACUUGCCAUGAAUUAAAAGAAAAACUCAAAGAGUGUGAGCAGUCUGUUCGGAAGUAUGAGCAGGAGGUGGACAGUUUGACAUUCAGAAAUCAACAGCUGUCAACAAGAGUGCUGAUUUUACAAGAAGAACUUGAUAAUGCUGAAGCCAUCAAAAAGAAACACAAGCACAAACAUGAUGCAAGCCCAGUGAAUCUACCCUCUCCAACCUCAGUCUACAGUGAGGAGCUGAUGAGUAAAAUACACGAGAAUGAAAUGUUGCACAAACAGGUGGCAGAAAGUAACUUGAAGUAUCAGAGCAGGCUGGAGGAAUUAGAGAUAUUAGUUAAGGACUAUGAGGGAAAAUUCAGUCACCAUCAGGAAGUUUUGGAUUCAACUAUACAGAAAGACAAAGCCCAGGUGGACAGACUACAAGAAGAAAAAGCCAUGUUGGAGGUGAAGUGUCAGACAAUGGAAAAAGAAAUCAAAAGCUGCAGAUCACGGACAGAAAUUGCAGAGAACCAAUUGAAGACAGUGCAGUGUCAUUUACAGAGACAGUUAGAGCAGUCCAACAAAAUCAUUGCAGACAAGCUGCCUUUCAUUGACACUAAAAACAGAGACCUUAAUGGAUUGAAUUUGCCAACACAUGACAGACGACACCAGUUACAGGCGAGAGAACUAGUCAGCCAGGCAACCAAUCACAUGACAGAGCUUGUACAGGCCUUGUCCAACUUCUACACAUACUCGGAGCAGCGGUCCAAAAUCUACCCGGCAGAUGGAACACAUGAACCCUACAGUCCAGUUAAUAUACAGUACUGUAAGUAUUUGCACGAGAACAUGAGCUACCUCCGGCCUGUAGAGCAGGCCUUGAAGCAUUUCUUGUCCACUCUGAAUGAGGAUUCUCUCACCACUCUGGAAACGGCCACAGAGUUGCUGCCCUUUUCUACGAGUUUCAAAAAAAUGGUUGCCUACAUUAAUAAAUUACUACCGUACCAACUUAGCAGUAUAGAAGAAGAGUGUGCGGUGUCGUCUUGUACUUCCUCUCUGGAGUCGAAGAAUAUGGAGCUUCACGCGUCACUGAAGCACCUCACGGCUGUGUUUAACAAGCUGGACUCUUACAUUGAACUUCUGGCAGCACAGAGCAGUAAAUCCUGUUGUCACCCUCAGAAAAACCACGCCCACUUUUUCUUCCACCUGUGCCAAGCCUUAAAAGACCUGAACAGUGCUGUCAGGGAAGUAUCCAAGCACUACAAUUCCAAAGUAUCAUUAGAACACCAGCUACCAACUGCUACACAGAAGCUGAAAACCACUGAUGAAUGUGUCGUGUCUUCACUGAUAUCUCUAGUCACCUGUACGGGAAAGUUUUCAGCAUUUUUGUCAGGAAACUUGGAAUUUUUCGGCCAGUCAGCUGGUUACAGAACUAGGGGCAGCAGUGUUGGCACAGACUCGGUAUCUGAGGGUCCUCGUUCAAAUCCUGCCAUCGUCUGUUACCGACAGAGAGCUGCUGGGUAUCUCAGCUCUCUGGGAGCAACACUCCCAGAUUCAGUGCCUCACAAAGUGGCUGUUCAGAACCGACAGACUUUACUGAGUUCUGCGGAGAGCAAAGAAGGAUUAUCCAAACAGUUGGUAACAUUCCAGCAGCGUGUUGGAAAACUGGAACAGGAAAAGGAGCAUUGGAUGUUGGAGCUACAACUGCUGCAGAUCAAGUACGACAAUGAAAUUCAGAAAGUAAAGAAAUUGGAGAAAGAGGUUUCACUAAAACAGAAUACUUCAGUGGACUCCAUAGAGGAUAAUAUCAGUGUAACCCCCAAGGAUCGCACUGCCUCAUCCAACAGUGGAAAGUUACUCAUCAGUAAUUCUCUUCUCGGACAACUUGACCAGGUGACUGGUGGAGCUAGUGAUAGUGAGACUCGAGAAAUCCUGAUCAAGAACCACUUCACCAAGAGAAUCAAUGAGAUGAUGCUACAACACCAGCAGUCCGACAGUAAAUGUGUGGCCUUCCACUCAGAGGUCAGGGCAUUACACAAGCAGCUUCAAAUUGCAAAUAAGGUGAAAACACUAGCAGAAGAAGAAUUAAAGACAACAUCACAGAAUCUGGCCCAACUGAAGGACGAGUUGCAGACUACGACCAAGAGUUAUGAAGGUCAACUUAGCAUGAUGAGCGAACACCUGGCAGGAAUGAAUGAGAAGCUGACCCAACAGAAAGACGAAAUUGACGACUUACGGUCACAGCUGAGUGUGGCAAAGGUACCCGCUUCUAAGCAUUCCAACAAAAAGUCAAGGAAGUGACAAAAGUCGUAAAUGUUCGUGAAAAUGACGCAUUCCGGUUACUGCACAGAAGAGUAAUAUGUGCGACUGUUUGGUUCAUACACGCCACGAGACUGGUUCCUCUGUGAUGUAAUAACAUUCAGUAUUGUCUUGUUGCAAUUGGAUCUGGGAGGCAUUUUGAAUGUAACAAGUGUAUUACUGUGUUUUGUGCAUCUAAUGGACAUCCGUUGUAUCUGAAGGUAUUUUAUUGGUUUAUUCUCUCUGUUCAUGUUCUUGUAAUGUUGCUUGAUACGAGCAAAAGGACAGACUGUUGUGAAGCUGUGCAAUAUAUAAUUACUAUGACAAAAUUGUUAUCUGUGAUUUUUGAUUUUUAAUACACAAGCUGUUGUCAUUA